AUGCUCCUCGUAUACCAGGUCGGGAGCGUCAAGAUCGGAGAGGUCGUCCGCUACACCGUCACCUACACGCCUUCCCAGGACCGAAUCCUGCCCUCGCCCGAGCGCCUCUACCUGCGCGUCCGCAACACCUCGGCCAUUGCCCUGCGCGCCGCCUUCGUCCAUGGUCCCUACACGCUGGGCGCCGCCGCCUAUCCGUCCAACUUCGACCCCAACGUCAAAUUUGCGAACCCGCGCCGCUAUGGCGUGCCCGAAUUCGAACCCAUGCUCAAGGCCGGCGGCUCGUGGGAGUGCGAGCUGGUCGUGCCGGAACACAUAAGGCAGAGCGCGGGUACCGGAGGUGGCGCACAUUUCGGCGGCGGCGGCGGGGCAUCCGGGGCACCCGGUGAAACCGAGACCGAGUGCGCCUCGUGGAUCGUCGAGGUAUCGUCGCAGGUCAUCUUCUCCACCUCGGCCGCCGUCGGGUACGAGGUGACCAUUGCGAGGGAUGCCAAGUCGCUCAACCUCAGCUCGUCGCUGCCCGUCAUCGGCGGCCAGGCGCAGGUCCCGCAGCCCGGCAAGGUCGCCGAUCACCAGCAGAGCAUGGGCGCCAAGGACGGCCAUCAUCCGGCGCAGCCGAAGGGCGUCUUCUCCAAGGCGAUACGGCUCAAGGUCGAGGACACGGCUGCGUUGUGGAACACCCCGAGGCUUCCGGGCUGGGACGACCUCAACAUUGACCGCCUCAAGAGCCGCGCGAAAAAGGACCAGCCCGUGGAGAGCGUCGUCACCCAGGAUAGGCAGACGGACGGAAAGCCCGAAAUCAAGCAGAAAAAGGUGCACCUGGUCGUCCUCACCCACGGCCUGCACAGCAACCUGGGCGCGGAUAUGCUAUACCUAAAAGAGAGCAUCGACCAGACGGUAGCACAAGCAAAGAUUGAUGCCAAGGCCCGGCGUGCCAAGGAGCGCGCCGACAAGACGGACAAGGGAGAAGACAAGACCCAAGACGAUAGCCCUGCAGAAGACGACGGGGACGAUGAAGAGGUCAUUGUGCGUGGCUUCUCGGGCAACGCCACAAAGACUGAAAGGGGUAUCAAGUACCUGGGUAAGAGACUGGCUAGGUACAUCCUGUCCAUGUCGUACCCCGACCAGCCGUUCUUGCCCUCAAAGAAGGGACACGCAGAGUCCGCUGUCUCUGCCGUCUUCAACAAGCCGGACUCAGACAGCAGCAAGGCGGCCCACAAGCACAGCACGAUACACGAAAAGGAGUCGGACGAGAAGCGUCCGUUCAAGAUUACCAGCAUCAGUUUCAUUGGACAUUCCCUAGGGGGCUUGAUUCAGACAUACGCCGUUGCAUACAUACAAAAACACUCGCCCGAAUUCUUCACCAUUAUCAAACCAAUCAACUUUGUCGCCCUCGCCACGCCCUUUCUCGGCCUCAGCAACGAGAACCCUCUCUACGUCAAAUUCGCCCUGGACUUUGGCCUGGUCGGCAGGACGGGUCAGGAUCUCGGUCUCACAUGGCGAGCGCCCACCAUUGCGAGGAGCGGGUGGGGAGCCAUUGUCAGCAACCUGGGCGAGAGCGCACACAAGAGGGUCAUGGGCGAGGUGCAGCCCGAGUCGAAGCCUCUGCUGCGGAUUCUUCCGACGGGCCCAGCGCAUACCGCGCUCAAGAAGUUCCGCAACCGUACGGUCUACUCCAACGUUGUCAACGACGGCAUCGUGCCGCUGAGGACGAGUUGCCUCUUGUUCCUGGACUGGCAAGGACUGGGACGCGUGGAAAAGGCACGGCGGGAGGCAGGCUUGGUUGAGACGUUGGUUGGGGCCGGCUGGGCCGAACUGACGGGCGGCAGUCUGGCACCGACACCGAGGAGAUCUAGCGCAUUUCUGCCACCAGACGAGGGAGAGGUAUCAGACGAUCACUCUGGGAAUAUCACGCCUACAGCACCGACAGAUGCGGUUGAAGUACCGCAGCCACCACAAAAUGCCAUGGUCGAAGAUGACCGGGCGAGUCUGCGGUCGGUGCCCACGCCGUUCAAUGAGAGCGGCCCUGAGGAUGCCAAGGAUACAAGUAGCGGCCCGUUUGCCGGCUUCUUCUCCCUGUUCAAAGGCAGCGAGCAGACGCAGGCCAAGACGCAAUCAAAGACGCCCAGCUUGUCCAACAAGCAAAACAAGAUUUACAGGCGCAGUCAGACGAUCAACUUUGACGAGAUCCCGCAGACAUCGGGCACAAAGGUCACGGCAGGCCACGAGCUGGAGCGGGAUCAACAACACGUCGCGCCGCCGAGGACGAGCUUCUUCGAAUCUGCGCACGACCUGAUCAAUCCCAAGAUCCCGACGACGGAGUACAUCAUUGAUCCCUCCAAGCGGCCCAGAGCAAUCUUCCACGACCGCGUGUACCACCCGAGCGAUAUACCGCCUCCCCCGCUGAAGAAGAAGCCUACCGGCUCGUUGGCGUCUCGGAGAAGCACGUUCCGAAGGGCUGCCUCAACGGGGUCUGGCGGCUCGAGGACCAGCACGGACUCGUCGCCGCACCCGUCGCAGCGCUUCUCGCACGAGGGCACGAUGGACUCGACGCGAGACUACGACGACACGAUCAACACGAACCCCGACAAGGGUCCCGACGAAGAGAUUGACGGGUCGCAGAUGCGGGUCGAAGAGAAGAUUGCCCGGGCCUAUCACCGCGGUCUGGCGUGGCGCAAGGUGCUGGUGAAGCUGGAACCCGACGCGCACAACAACAUUAUCGUGCGUAGGAUGUUUGCCAACGCCUACGGCUGGCCUGUCGUGAAGCACUUGGUCGACGCACACUUUAGCGAUUCCGCUACAGCGAGAACGCGCGACGAGGACGAGGGGUCCGGCGAGCUUGCGCUGGACAUGGGCCAGGCGCCGAAUAAGUACGGGGACGAAGUCAGGGAUAGCGGCGCCGGGUCGACGGGCGGCGAUGGAUCUGACGAACGGCCGAUUGCGGGCAUGUUGUCUCCCAAUUCGCAGCGGGAAGCCGCAGACCGGGUGCCGGAUAUGCAGGCGCCGCCGAAACGACGUUCAUCGUCGCGCAGCUCGUCGGCCAGCCCACCUAGGAUCACGCGGGCGACGAGGCCGCAGCGGCCCGAGAGGGUUGACUCCAUGACGUGGAGCGAUCGGGACUGGGCGGACGACAGCGAUGAUAGUGAGACGACGGCGACGACGGCGAGCGUCAAGAGUCCUGUGGUGGCGGAAUUCAAGGAUAAGGAGGGAGGUAACCGGUCGUCGACGCCGCUUGGUGGGUGGAAUUGGACGGAGAAGAUUGUGGGGAGGGGAGGGUCGAGUCGCAAGGCGUCGCCCAAGCCGGAGACUCAGGCUGAUGGCAAAGCCGUCAUCGGCGGCGGCGCAGUAGGCCUCGCAACGUCCCACCGCCUCGCAACCCGCCCGGACACCACAACCCUCCUACUGGAACGCCACACCGCCGUCGGCACCGAAACGUCCUCCCGCAACAGCGAGGUCAUCCACGCGGGGAUAUACUACCCGCCAAACACCCUCAAAACAGCCCUCUGCGUCCACGGCAAGCACCUCUUGUAUGAUUUCUGCGCAAAGCAUCACGUGGGCCACGCCAACACGGGGAAAUGGAUCGUCGCGCAGAACGACGUCCAGCGGGAGGCGCUGCAGCGCGUGCACGAUUUCUGUACGAACGAGAUUGGCGUGCCUGUGCGGUGGGUGGGCGAAGAGGAGGCGAGGAGGGAGGAGCCCGAGGUACGGGCGCUCGCUGGCGUGCUGGAGAGUCCUACGACGGGGAUCGUCGAUUCGCAUGGCUUGAUGGUUGCUUUGAACGGGUUAUUCGAGGACGCGGGGGGUGUCGUCGCCUUGAAUUCUCACGUCGUGGGCGUGCGUCCCCUAGGACAAAAAGGAAGCCAGGGGUGGGAGGUCAGCGUGCGCGAUCCGUCGACGGGGGAGACGAGCGCCGUCACGGCGGAGGUGCUCGUCAACGCUGCCGGGUUAGGCGCCGUGGACGUGCACAACAUGGUUGUUCCCCCGUCCCGACGCAGGGAAAUGUUCUACGCAAAGGGAAACUACUUCUCCUACUCUGGCGGCAGCAAACCCGCCCCCAAAGUCAAAAGACUCAUCUACCCGGCCCCCGAACCCGGCGCCGGCGGACUGGGAACGCACCUGACGCUCGACCUCGCGGGCCGGGUGCGCUUCGGGCCGGACGUGGAGUGGGUCGAUUCGCCCGACGACCUGGCCGUCAACUCCGCGCGGCUGCCCGAGGCCGUGGAGGCGAUUAAAAAGUACUUGCCUGGUCUCGAUGCCGGUGCCCUGGUGCCGGAUUACGCGGGGAUUCGGCCCAAGCUGGGGCGGAAGCAGGCCGUUGCCGACGGCAGCGGGUUCCACGACUUUAUCGUCCGCAAGGAGGACGGGUACGAGGGGUGGGUGAACCUGCUGGGCAUCGAGAGUCCCGGCCUGACGAGCUGCUUGGCGAUUGCGGAGCGGGUGGAUGAGAUUGUGUACGGGUAA